UGUUGAUGUGUCAGCUCCGCGGGGGUUUGGGGAAGCCGUGGCGGAGGGAGCGUGGUGUCGGGCUUGUCCCUGGUCGCUGUUCCCCCCCCCACCUCCUGGUCUGCUGGACCCCGCUAUGGAGAAAUUAGGCCCUGAGCCGUAGCUUCAGCGGCCUCGUUAGGGGUGCGGCCUGAAGCUCGGAGAAGUGGGAUGUAAAACGAAGAUCAGGAACAGAUUUGAAGAAAUGCAGAGUGAAGUGGUGUCAAUCAGCAUGUCAGAGACAGAGAAUAUAGCUUCCAUUUCCUCUGAUAAAAAUAUUGGGAAAAUAUUUGAAUUAAAGGAAGACUUCUGCAACUCGUUUUCUGUUGAUGAAAGCAGCAGCUUAGAAAAUGAGUCUAAACUGUCGUCAUUAAACUUUGAUAAAACGUCAUGUCAGCCUAAUGAACAUAAUCAAAUUGAAGCACAGGAAAAUUGUAUUCAGGAUCAUGGUGGAGGUGAGGAUUCUUGUGCUAAAGCAGACAUAUGCCCAGAAAAUUCUGAACAAGUAGGUAAUUUUCCUGGUGGAGAUUUGACAAAGCAAAUUUCAAAAACAAAUGAAACGGAACAGACAGUAACACAAAUAUUGGCGGAAUUAAGGUCAUCUACAUUUACAGAAGCAGCGAAUCAAAAGACUUAUUCAGAAAGUCCCUACGAUACAGACUGCACCAAAAAACUUAUUUCAAAAAUAAAGAACGUUUCAGCGUCAGAGGAUUUGUUGGAAGAAAUCGAAUCUGAGCUCUUAUCUACGGAGUUUGUGGAAGAACACCGAGUACCAAAUGGAAUGAAUAAGGGAGAACAUGCAUUAGUUAUGUUUGAAAAGUGUGUACAAGAGAAGUAUUUACAGCAAGAGCACACCAUAAAGAAGUUAAUUAAAGAAAAUAAGAAGCAUCAGGAGCUCAUCUUAGACAUUUGUUCAGAAAAAGACAAUUUAAGAGAAGAACUAAAAAAAAGAACAGAAACAGAGAAGCAGCAUAUGAGUACAAUUAAACAGUUAGAAUCAAGAAUAGAAGAACUCAGUAAAGAAGUUAAAACUUCCAAAGAUAAACUAGUAGCUCAAGACAUUGCAGCUAAAAAUGCAGUUCAGCAGUUGCAUAAAGAGAUGGCCCAUCGAAUGGAACAGGCCAACAAAAAAUGUGAAGAGGCACGCCAGGAAAAAGAAGCAAUGGUAAUGAAGUAUGUAAGAGGUGAGAAGGAAUCUUUAGAUCUUCGAAAGGAAAAAGAGAUACUUGAAAGAAAACUCAGAGAUGCGAAUAAAGAAUCUGAGAAAAACACUAACAAAAUUAAGCAGCUUUCUCAGGAGAAAGGACGGUUGCACCAGCUGUAUGAGACAAAGGAAAGUGAAACUACUAGACUCACCAGAGAAAUUGACAAAUUAAAGGAAGAUAUCAACUCUCAUGUCAUUAAAGUAAAAUGGGCACAAAACAAAUUAAAAGCAGAAAUGGAUUCACACAAGGAAACCAAAGAUAAACUCAAAGAAACAACAACAAAGUUAACUCAAGCAAAGGAAGAAGCUGAUCAGAUACGGAAAAAUUGUCAGGAUAUGAUAAAAACAUAUCAGGAGUCCGAAGAAAUUAAAUCCAAUGAGCUUGAUGCCAAGCUUAGAGUCACAAAAGGAGAACUUGAAAAACAAAUGCAAGAAAAAUCUGACCAGCUAGAGAUGCAUCAUGCCAAAAUAAAAGAACUGGAAGAUCUGAAGAGGACGUUUAAGGAGGGUAUGGAUGAACUACGAACACUCAGAACAAAGGUGAAAUGUCUAGAAGAUGAACGAUUAAGAACAGAAGAUGAGUUAUCCAAAUAUAAAGAAAUUAUUAAUCGCCAAAAAGCUGAAAUUCAGAAUUUAUUGGACAGAGUGAAAAUUGUGGAUCAGAUACAGGAGCAGCAUCAAAGAGGUAAACAAGAAAUUGAAAAUUUGAAGGAAGAAGUGGAAAGUCUUAAUUCUUUGAUUAAUGACCUACAAAAAGACAUCGAAGGCAGUAGGAAAAGAGAAUCUGAGUUACUACUAUUUACAGAAAAGCUCACUAGUAAGAAUGCGCAACUCCAAUCUGAAUCCAAUUCUUUGCAGUCACAAUUUGAUAAGCUUUCCUGUAGUGAAAGUCGGUUACAAAGCCAAUGUGAACAAAUGAAACAGACAAAUACUAAUUUGGAAAGUAGAUUGUCAAAAGAGGAAGAACUGCGAAAAGAGGAGGUCCAGACUCUGCAAGCGGAACUCACCUGUAGACAAACAGAAGUUAAAGCAUUGAGUACCCAGGUCGAAGAACUAAAAGAUGAAUUAGUAACCCAAAGACGUAAACAUGCCUCCAGUGUCAAAGAUCUUACCAAACAACUCCAGCAAGCACGAAGAAAAUUAGAUCAGGUGGAGAAUGGAAGCUAUGAUAAAGAAGUCAGCAGUAUGGGGAGUCGUUCUAGUUCAUCAGGGUCCCUCAAUGCUCGAAGCAGUGCAGAAGAUCGAUCUCCAGAAAAUACCGGGUCGUCAGUAGCUGUGGAUAACUUUCCAGAAGUGGACAAGGCCAUGUUGAUUGAGAGGAUCGUAAGGCUGCAAAAAGCACAUGCCCGGAAAAAUGAAAAGAUAGAAUUUAUGGAAGAUCAUAUCAAACAGUUGGUGGAAGAAAUUAGAAAAAAAACAAAAAUAAUUCAGAGUUACAUUUUACGGGAAGAAUCAGGCACACUUUCUUCAGAGGCAUCUGAUUUUAACAAAGUCCAUUUAAGUAGACGGGGUGGCAUUAUGGCAUCUUUAUAUACAUCCCAUCCAGCUGAUAGUGGAUUAACAUUGGACCUCUCUUUGGAGAUCAACAGAAAAUUACAGGCUGUUUUGGAGGAUACAUUACUAAAAAAUAUUACUUUGAAGGAAAAUCUACAAACACUUGGAACAGAAAUAGAACGUCUUAUUAAACACCAGCAUGAACUAGAACAGAGGACGAAGAAAACCUAACACACAGCU